UGUCCCAAGUUCUCUGGUCAUUGUCCUGUACUGUGGUCUGCAGUCUCUGGUCAUAUCCUUCGUCACGUUUGUCCCGUUAGUCUCUGCGUCAUCCUCCUGUACUGUGUCCACAGUCUCUGGUCAUCUCAUGUACUAUGUCCGCAAAGCUUCUCUGGUCAUCUCCUGUACUGUGUCUGCAGUCUCUGGUCAAUCCCUUGUACUAGUGUCCGCAGUCCUCUGGUCAUCUCAUGUUAUAUGUCCGCAGUCUUUGGUCAUCUCCUGUACUAUGUCCGCAGUCUUUGGUCAUCUCCUGUACUGUGUCCGCAGUUACUCUGGUCAUCUGUAGUCAUGUCUGCAGUCUCUGUUUAUCUCCUGUAGUUAUGUCAGCAGU